AUGCUGAGCUACGCCUACAGCACAACACCGAUUGGUCUGAUCUUGGCGAAACGCUUCAUUCAUGGGGAUUACAAAGCCGUGGCGAAUUGGUUCCCUGGGGUCUACAUGACCUUUGUUUCGUUGCCUUAUGUGGCAUGGGUGUCUGCUCUUCAAGCAUUGCCCGAGUCUCGAGACUUGCUCUUGAUCAUUGGAGACAUUAUCUGUAUAGUCCCACAGGUAGCCUUCCAACGAGGGCUAGGCGCAGUCAUCGAGGUAUCGACCAAAUUCGAUGACCCAGACUUGACGUGGGCGCAAGUGUGGAGCUGGGAAAGCCGCGUCUGGUAUACCAUUGUGAUGAUGCUGGGCAUCGGGAGCAUCGAGUGGGUCUUCUUGUACAAGCUGACAACGACGCGUCCCUCGGCCACUAAACUGAAAAAAACUGAUCCUGACAAUGCAAUCAAGCCGAUUGAUGCAUCACUGAAUCCCGAACUGGCGGCAGCAACACGACAAGAGCACCAAAUGGAACUUGCGGGUAUCAAUGCUCGCGAAGUGGUCAAAGCUUUCCGUGUACCGCCCCCUGAUGGAGAAGGGGACAAGACAAAGAAGAAUGCUGUUCUAAAACGCUCGGUAAAAGGAGUCAGUUUUGGUAUUCGCAAAAAUGAGAUCUUUGCAUUGCUCGGGCCCAACGGCGCAGGCAAGUCUGUCACGAUGGGAGUCCUGGCUGGUGAACAUACCCCGGAAAACGGGCAGAUUACGUUGGAAGGCCAAGUGGCUUCGGGAGAGACCAAGGACAUUGGACAUCUCUACAGUCAGUGCGAUGUGGCUUAUGUCCCCCAAUUCGAUGCCUUGUUUCCCCACAUGACUGUGCUCCAGCACCUCAAGUUCUAUGCUCAGAUUCGAGGCUUGAAUUGGGAAGAGGAGUCUACACAAUCUCACGUCCAGGCCAUUGUCCAUCUAUUAGGACUGGGCAAGCAUCAAGACAAGGAAGCCACGGCACUCUCGGGUGGAUACAAACGCCGGUUGUCUUUGGGAUUGGCCAUGAUUGGUUAUCCCAAAGUGAUGAUGGUCGAUGAGUGCACCACCGGGAUGGACCCCGGGGCCAGGCACUUGGUUUGGGAUGUGUUGAAGCCACAAACCCUUCACGAAGACUAUGAUUUGCCGGCGAUCUUGCUCUCGAGCCACUACAUGGACGAGUGCGAAACCCUGGGCGAUACCAUCGCAAUCAUGAUUGAUGGAGAGAUCGUCACUGUUGGAACAUUGCCAUAUCUUCAAGGCAAGUACUGUACAAGCUACUUUGUGGAGAUCAGCAUUGACCCUCUGGCAGACGGGGUGACGGGGAGCGAUUUGCCCGAAGACAAUGUAGUGGAGGCUUUUUUGAAGGAGGGAAUGCCCGCCAAAGUGUACGAAUCGUUACCAUAUCGCUUUAAAUUGCAGCUUCCCUUUCAAGAAGAUGGCAAUCACCAAAGCCAGCUGGCCGACAUCUUUGGUCUUCUCGAACGCGAAAAGGAAGCUCUGGGGAUCAAGUUCUAUUCAGUGGAACAAAUGAAUCUGGAAAAGAUCUUCAUUGACCUCUCUCGUAAGCAAUUCGAGGCGGAGGAGCAAUACAUAUCCGAGAGACCAAGCAUGAGUCGACGAGGAAGCAGCCGACGGAACAGUCAACGCGGAAGCAGCCGACGAGGACGGACUAUGUCCGUGUAGCUAAUGCAGUACUUAUGAAACUUUGAUUAUAGAUAUGACACAUGUGUGGCAUUGACGUCCAUUGCCAUGCCCAUCACUUCCACCGGGUAGUUUGGGUCCACUUGCCCAUUCUGGUUAACGUGGACUGCAAGGCGAAUCACAUAACUCAGCGAAGUGGGAGGACAGUCUUCUGAAAGUGCUCUGCCGCCGGCCACUUCCGAAGAGCAAAGAACUACUAAUGUCAUGCAUGCAUGCUGUUCGCUAGCGGACCGUACCUGUAUGUUGUUGAUGAUGGUGAGACUGGAACACGAAACGGCACCAUUGUCAACGGCCGACAGGCCUACGAGGAAGAGACAAGGGUUUGAGGCGCCAAGGUUUGCAUACAGUACGAACCGAGCACAAAGACACACGAACAAACGACGAUGCACCAAACAGAAGAACUGACCGUUACCUUGCACGAGGACGAACCAUCCCCACAGAGGAACCACCGCAAGACAACACCCUUUCCAGUGGGUCGACGUGCAGGACAGGACUCAGUAAAUGGCCGCCAACAAGUCAACCCCACCGGGCUCCCGAAAGAACCACGGGCUCACAAGGAGCGGCUGCAAAAGCAGCACUGAAAAGGUGUCACCGUCAUGCAAUUGGAAGAAGUUGUGUUUGAGAGAGCAAAAGCUUGCUUGAAGACAACGGCAUUUCAAUGCAACGGCGGUUUUUAACGGCUCGACAGGGGGAACAGAUGAUCACAGAGGCAAAAGGACGACGCCAAUAUCAUGGUCAAACAAUGGGCAAACAGAAGAACAAGAAGGCGAUACCUGGAAUGCAAGAUCUAUUCACACGAGACAUCAGACGGUACCAACAUUACCUUUUCCCAAACCCAACGAAAGCUCCCCACUUCCGCAAACCACAUGAGCAACUAUUGUAGGAGUUAGUACCGGUAGUGUAGAAUUACCGAGCACGAGCGAGGAUGAACCGAAGGAAGAAGGACCUUUCACCCGACAGAGCCCAUCCCAGCGCUGACUGAUGUGCUGUGCCAAACAGAAGAACCGACUUUACCUUUGCACGAGGACGAACCAGCCAGCCAACUAGACUAUUAUAACCAACGGUCCAAGAGCGAGUACGACCCAGCCAACCCAAUGCUACUCAGCUAUGAACUGUUCCAAAACCACAAUCGGCUAUACCAUGGAACAGAGCACGGCCUUUCACCCGACAAAGAAAGGAAGGAAGGAAGGAAGAAAGGUAGGACGAACCAGCCAACCCAAUGCUACUCAGCUAUGAACUGUUCCAAAACCACAAUCGGCUAUACCAUGGACCAGAGCACGGCCUUUCACCCGACAAAGAAAGGUAGGUAGGUAGGUAGGAAGGU